AUGAAGCCCAUAAGCGACUUGCCAGGGUCAAAUGUCUCAUCAUUAGAUGGCGAGUCAACCCCCGGGAGUCACCAUGGGCUUUCUAAUUCUUUAUAUCUCCGUUCUUUUCAUGGGACUGACAUCAUAUUUUCUGACCAAGGCACUGUUAAGGGAGCAACCAUUGAGGCUCUGGUCAUACAGUUAACUCGGCAUGAUUACUUUGACCACAAAUUUACCUCUAUUUUCAUAUUCACUUAUCGUUCAUUUACGACGGCAGAGACAUUUAUUGGUCUGCUCAUGGAUCGCUUCAAGAUCCAGCCGCCUGAUGACAUGGACGAAGACUUGUUGAAGCAAUGGCACGAAGAAAAAAGGAAGCCGAUUCAAUUACGCGUCGUCAAUGUCAUCAAGUUAUGGCUCGAGUGUCAACUUCCGCUUCCUGACGAAGUACCUGUCUUGGAUAUGAUUGAAGAAUUCUUUACAACGAAUGUCGCAAACUCGGAGUGGAAAGGCGUAGCUGAUGCUGUGCUUCGAUUGGUGAGUCGGGCGAGGGAAGGCAAGACUAUUCCAUUCAAAACCACCACCGGCACGAAUACCCCUACUCCCAUCUUGCCGAUAAGCAGGGGCGAUCGCUUGCUGCUUGACUUGAGUCCUGUUGAAUUAGCACGCCAACUUACGAUUCGUGAACACGAGCUGCUCAGAAAAAUUACUGCGCGGGAAUGCAUGGGAAAGGCCUGGACGAAAUCCUCAGCUGCUAUCUAUGCCAAAAAUGUUGUAAAUGUUAUUGGACUGCAAAAUAAGUUGACCAGCUGGGUAUCGAACUCCAUCCUGGAAGAAGAGCACGCCCCCCUUCGGUGUCUCACUCUGAGCUUUUUCAUCGAGUUAGGGAACCAGUGUCUGAUUCUGAACAAUUUUUCGACGAUGUGGGGCAUCGUUUCGGCCUUAAACACAACGUGCAUAUUCCGUCUUCGUAAAACCUGGGCAUUGCUUAGUGCACAGCAGCGAAAAAAAUUCGAGGAUAUGAACAAAAUUACGGAUGCCUCGCGGAAUUACCAUUGGUAUCGACAGAAAUUGGCUGAUGUCCUACCGCCGUGUGUUCCUUUCUUUGGGAUUUAUGCAAAAGACCUCACCUUUAUCGAAGAUGGAAACGCAGACAAAUUGCCCGCGGCGCCUCAUUUGAUAAACUUUGGCAAAAGGCAAAUGAUGGGAGAAGUGUUUAUGGACAUCCGUCGCCACCAGGCCGUGCCGUAUAAUUUGUGUAAGGUUGAUGCUUUACAAGAUUUCUUGACCGAUCAAAUGUCCCAAAGCAAGUCGGAUGAAUACCGUUUCGAACGAAACUUCCUCCUAUACCCGAGGGGCAAGAGAAUGCCCGUCAAACAAAUCAAUUGA